AGAGCAGAGCAGAGCACUGAGCACUAAGCAUAGCCUCAUUCUUUUCAAUUAGAAAACAAAAAACGUUCCAACUAUAUAUGUGCUUGAUUCAUUCUUCAUCACGAAAGCCUUGCCUUUAUUCAACUUUCUUUUUAGUACACACAGUUCCUUUUCCUUAUUAUUUUCAUCAGAGUUUAGAGGUAUAUACAUGAUGAUGGCUGUGAAUGGAUCAGCACAGUGGUACGUGGGAUUAGUUGCAACAUCUAUCACAAUUACUCUUCUUUUAAUCUCACCCUUUGUUUCUGCUCAUCAAAAUGAUAAAUAUCCCACAACCGCGGAGACAAACGACACUAGUUAUCUUGCUAAAGUCAUCAACUUGUUAUGGCGCUCUUCUGGAUCAGGAUACCAACAUAUUUGGCCAGAUAUGGAAUUUGGGUGGAGAAUUAUAACAGGGACGAUAAUUGGAUUUCUAGGAUCUGCGUUCGGAACUGUGGGUGGUGUUGGUGGGGGUGGUAUUUUUGUGACCAUGCUUUCUCUCAUUAUUGGCUUUGAUCCAAAAUCAGCAACAGCAAUCUCCAAGUGUAUGAUUACGGGUGGAGCAGCAGCAACAGUUUUCUAUAAUUUGAAGCAAAAACACCCAACACUUGACAUGCCAGUGAUCGACUAUGACUUAGCACUUCUUUUCCAGCCAGCGCUGGUGCUUGGAAUCAGCAUUGGAGUUGCCUUCAAUGUUAUUUUUGCUGAUUGGAUGAUAACAGUCUUGCUACUAAUAAUUUUCGUAGGAAUUGCAACCAAGGCAUUCUUUAAAGGGGUUGAGACAUGGAAAAAAGAAACCAUUAUUAAGAAGGAAUCUGCUAGACAGUCACAAUUAAAUGAAGAAGCCGCAUAUGAGCCUCUACCGGGAGGCCCAAUCAGAAGCAAUCAUACAGUGCCCACAAAAAAAAAAGAAACAUUGAGACAUGACAAGGGGUCUCUUCUUGAGAAUAUUCGUUGGGGGGCACUUGGAAUUCUUUUCACUGUCUGGGCCAUUAUACUAGUCUUAGAGAUUGCAAAAAGUCACACAACAACUUGUUCAGUGGAAUAUUGGGUAUUUAAUCUAUUACAGAUCCCUGUGGCAUUAGGUGUGACUUCAUCUCAAGCUGUGCUUUUAUACAAAGGUAAGAGAGUGAUAUCAUCCAAAGGAGAUCAACAAACACAGUGGCGAGCGCACCAGUUAAUUCUAUGCUGUGCCUGUGGCAUAUCCGCUGGGAUGGUUGGUGGCUUGCUUGGUCUUGGUGGAGGUUUUAUUUUGGGACCCCUUUUCCUGGAGCUAGGAAUCCCUCCACAGGUGUCAAGUGCUACAGCCACUUUUGCAAUGACAUUUUCUGCAUCAAUGUCAGUGGUGGAAUAUUACCUUCUUAAGCGUUUUCCUAUUCCUUAUACUCUUUACUUCGUGGCCGUAUCCACUGUUGCGGCCAUCGUUGGGCAAUUUGUAGUGAGGAAGCUGGUUGCCUUAUUAGGGAGAGCAUCACUGAUCAUUUUCAUCCUUUCUGGCACGAUUUUUAUUAGUGCAAUAUCACUAGGUAGUGUGGGCAUCGCAAAUAUGAUCGCAAAAAUUUCAAACAAAGAGUACAUGGGAUUUGAAGACCUUUGUACGUACACAGCCUAAAUAUUAGAAUUCGAAUUACGUAUUCAAUUUCAAUUGAAGGAAUACUUCAUUGACAUUUUUCAAUUGUUUUUUUUUUUUUUCCAAAUCAGACUUUUUGAUAGAUUUUUGUCAAGAUUUUUAUAUAAUGAAAAUGCAGCACCUUUUUUUUUGUCAAACGUGUAUCGUAGACUCAAUUUCUUAAAUGAAUAAUCACCAUAUCUCUUUAAGCUUUCUCCACAGUUUAAAUGGUUUGUAGUUCUAUAAAAAAACAAAUAUCCUCAAGUCUCUUCAACCUUCUCUCGGAGCUUUGUAAAUUAGGUAUUAUUGUAUAGCUUUGUAUCAAGUAAGAUUACAAGUUGGAGAUA